UAGUAGUAGUAGUAGUACUGAUUAUAUUGAACUUGGUGCAAAAUCAAUUACCAAAAAAUCUUCGACUGGAAAAGAGUUGACAACAACUGAGAAAUUGUCGACAGAUAUGACAACAACUGAAGAAUUGUCUGCAAGUAUAACAACAACUGAAGAAUUAUCGACAGAUAUGACAACAACUGAAGAAUUGUUGGCAGAUAUAAGAAAAACUGAAGAAUUGUCGGCAGAUAUAACAACAACUGAAGAAUUGUCUGCAAGUAUAACAACAACUGAAGAAUUAUCGACAGAUAUGACAACAACUGAAGAAUUGUUGGCAGAUAUAAGAAAAACUGAAGAAUUGUCGGCAGAUAUAACAACAACUGAAGAAUUGUCUGCAAGUAUAACAACAACUGAAGAAUUAUCGACAGAUAUGACAACAACUGAAGAAUUGUUGGCAGAUAUAAGAAAAACUGAAGAAUUGUCGGCAGAUAUAACAACAACUGAAGAAUUGUCUGCAAGUAUAACAACAACUGAAGAAUUAUCGACAGAUAUGACAACAACUGAAGAAUUGUUGGCAGAUAUAAGAAAAACUGAAGAAUUGUCGGCAGAUAUAACAACAACUGAAGAAUUGUCUGCAAGUAUAACAACAACUGAAGAAUUAUCGACAGAUAUGACAACAACUGAAGAAUUGUCGACAGAAAUAACAACUGAAGAAUUGUYGGCAGAUAUAACAAAAUCUGAAGAAUUAUCUGCAGGUAUAGGAAAAACUAAAGAAUUGUCGACAGAUAUAAUAACAACAGAAAUAACAACAACUCAAGAAUUGUCGACAGAUAUAACAAAUUCUGAAGAAUUGUCGACAACUGAGUCGACAACAGCAGAAGUGUCCGAUCUUAUGGCUGAAAACAAGAAGAAAUCAGUGGAAAAACAGUCAAACAGUGACAGUGAGAGUGACAUCAAUACCACAGUGACAGUCAGUAGUGAACAAGACAUAACAACAACAACAGAUCAGUCAUCAGACAUCAGUGGUGUCUUAACAAAGAAGAAAUCACUAGAAAAUUACUUAAUUAGUGAACAUGAGACAUCAACAACAACGACAACAACAAUUGAAUCGCUGAUAACAACAGCAACUGAUGAGACAAAUGGUUUUAUGGCAGUAGUCGUGAAAAAAUCGGUGGAAAAUCAAACCGGAAGUGAUAUCGUUGAUGAUAUUACAGCCACUGAUAUUGAACAAGACAUAACAACACCAACAGAUGAGUCGUCAGACAUCAGUGGUAUCUUAACGACGAAAAAGAAGAAAUCACUAAAAAAUUAUUUAAUUACUGAUAGCGAAGAUGAGACAACAACAACAACAAAGACACCAACAAUUGAACCGAUGAUAACAACAGCAACUGAUGAGACAAAUGGUUUUAUGGCUGUAGUCGUGAAAAAAUCAGUGGAAAAUCAAACCGGAAGUGAUAUCGUUGAUGAUAUUACAACCAUUGAUGAUAAACAAGACAUAACAACACCAACAGAUGAGUCGUCAGACAUCAGUGGUAUCUUAACGACGAAAAAGAAGAAAUCACUAAAAAAUUAUUUAAUUACUGAUAGCGAAGAUGAGACAACAACAACAACAACAACAACAAAGACACCAACAAUUGAACCGAUGAUAACAACAGCAACUGAUGAGACAAAUGGUUUUAUGGCAGUAGUCGUGAAAAAAUCAGUAGAAAAUCAAACCGGAAGUGAUAUCGUUGAUGAUAUUACAACCAUUGAUGAUAAACAAGACAUAACAACACCAACAGAUGAGUCAUCAGACAUCAGUGGUGUCUUAACAAUGAAGAAGAAGAAGAAGAAAUCACUAAAAAAUUACUUAAUUACUGAAAGCGAAGAUGAGACAUCAACAACAAAGUCACCAACAAUUGAACCGAUGAUAACAACAGCAACUGAUGAGACAAAUGGUUUUAUGGCUGUAGUCGUAAAAAAAUCAGUGGAAAAUCAAACUGGAAGUGAUAUCGUUGAUGAUAUUACAACCAUUGAUGAUAAACAAGACAUAACAACACCAACAGAUGAGUCGUCAGACAUCAGUGGUAUCUUAACGACGAAAAAGAAGAAAUCACUAAAAAAUUAUUUAAUUACUGAUAGCGAAGAUGAGACAACAACAACAACAACGACAACAACAAAGACACCAACAAUUGAACCGAUGAUAACAACAGCAACUGAUGAGACAAAUGGUUUUAUGGCAGUAGUCGUGAAAAAAUCAGUAGAAAAUCAAACCGGAAGUGAUAUCGUUGAUGAUAUUACAGCCAUUGAUGAUAAACAAGAUUUAAUAACAACAACAAUAAAAACCAGUGAAACAUUGAUAACAGAUUUAUCGACAAAUCAAUUGACAAAUUCCAUCGAUGAGAUAACCACCACAACAACAGAUCAGACAAGUCUUAUAAUAGCUUUAGUGAAGAAAAAGUCAAGAAAAAGACAUUCAGGCUAUGAUAAGACCACCGAUGAUGACGACGAAGACGACAACAACAACCGUGAGGACAGUCAACAAGACUUAACAACUAUUGAACCACUGAUGACAACAACGACAACAACGACAGAUGAAACUGAAUUUAUUGUUAAAAUGAAGAAAAAAUCCAUAAGAAGUUAUAGCACUUCCGAUGACGACAACACCGAUACCGGCGAAGGUAUUGAAGAUAUUACAGAUCUUACAGAUAUAACAGCUAUUGUUGGACUAAAAAGUAAAAAAAAAUCUAAAACCAUUUCGACAGAUGAUUCAACUGUAGAGUCAAUUGAAGAGUCAAUUGAAAUAACGACUGAAAUCUCAACCGAAGAGUUUAGUCACGAAUCAACUGAAGACUCAACUGAAGAGUUAACUCAAGAGUCGACUAAAACAUCAGCUGAAGAGUCGACUAAAACAUCAGCUGAAGAGUCGACGACUAAAACAACGGAAACUAAAAUAGACAUUAAAACAAUGACUACUACUACCGAUGAAUCAAAUAUUAUGGCCAUAAUCGGCGACAAGUCAUCAAAUAAAAGUCAUCAUUUARACAAUGAUAUACAUAACGACAUCAAUGCCCUAAACCAGUAA